AUGAAGCUUCUGGGAUUCCCUGAGAUCUUUGUCAAAUGGAUAUUUAUAUGCACAGUAUCCUACUCAGUAAUUAUUAAUGGUAGGCCAUCUGAACCUUUUGAGGCAAAGAAAGGACUGAGGAAGGGGGACCCCUUAUCCCUAUUCCUUUUUUGUGAUGGCUAUGGAAUACCUAAGCAGACUGCUGAAGCCCGAGACCUGCAAUCAGUGAAGGUUCUCCACAAAAAAUUCCAGGCUUUCUCUGCAGCUUCAGGGCUAAUAGAAAAUGCUAGCAAGAGUUGUGUUUAUUUUGGUGGUGUUUGUAGCAUGACUCAGCAACACAUUAUGGAUAUGUUGGGGUUCUCUAAAGGGGAUCUACCCUUUAGGUACCUGGGAGUACCACUGAGCACAAAAAGAUUAACAGUUAUCCAGUGUGAACCCUUGAUAGAGAAGAUGUUAGGAAGAAUCAAUAGCUGGACAACAAAGUUUUUGUCAUAUGCUGGAAGAGCAAUGCUAGUUAAGAGUGUAUUAUUCUCUAUCCAAAUAUUCUGGGACCAAGUGUUCAUCAUGCCUAAGAAAAUCAUUCAGUUCAUAGAGGCAAUUUGUAGGAGAUUUUUGUGGACUGGUGUUGCUGAGCCUACAAAGAAGGCACUGAUUGCUCGGGACAAGAUGUGCACCCCAAAGGUGGCAGGUGGGUUGAACUUCAUUAAUGUGGAACUAUGGAAUAAAGCAGCCAUUGCAAGCUCUUAUGGAAUAUAUGCACAAAGAAGGAGAAAUUGUGGGUAA